UCUCUCUCUCUCUGUGGCUACAUGGUCUCCUAGAAGGACUAUGAUUGCUUUAAUCUGGUCUGGUUUUUCUCCUGUCUCCCUCCUCAUUCCAGUAACCAUCUCGCUCUUGUAUUAUAUGAGGAGAGGGACUUGCAAAUUUGGCUGUAAGUUUCACCAUCUUAAGCAGGGAGGAAACUCUGGUUGCCUUGCAAAUUUGGUUGCUGCCACGGGGUUGGAUCCCUCAAAGCACCUGGGCAAAGAAAUUACAUCCUUGCAUAAUUGUAUUUGCAGGUUAUAUGGGAGUAGUGGAUGUGGCGAAGGAAGGGAAUAUGAAACAUUGACUCUGAAUUGCCUUCUCUUUGUUAAUCAUAACCAUUAACCAUUGAGGUACAUACAUUUUAAAGAGCGGUAUUUUAUCUGCACGUUCCCAGGAAGACUUGAAAGUUGCAUUCGAACUCCUCAACUUUUGGUUGGAAGUAGACUUUGAGGACUACUGUUAUGAGACACAUCUUAGAAAUUAGAAUUGAAAUGAAUAUUUUGAAUUUAUUA